ACAUUAUAGUGUGUCUGUGUUGGUGUGGUGGUUCAGUCUGUUGCUGAAUGAGCUGAUUGAGGAUGAUGUGUUCAGAGAGUUUCUGAAUCAUUAGCAUCACAGUCAAUGCUUUAUAUAAAAAGCUGUGUCUUUCACACACUAUUCAAGCACAUCAGCUUUGCCAUUGUUCCCUUUACCUGUGAGCCGCCCUGCAUAUCAGGUUGGUUUGUUAUUCAUAUGAACAGCAGAUGGUCACAUGCUCCUGUUACGGCUUGUAAUGCAGUGUUCUGACUGUACACAAGUUUCAAUGUGUGUAACAUUGUUUUAAAACCACAAUACUGAGCUAGCUAAUAAUAAUGUAGCCAUAAUGUUUUGAAACGCACAGUGGACUAUUGAAUACAGUGUCCAGCAUGAUAAAACCCCAACUUUUUAUGGGCCAAUCAGAAUACUUUAUUUUUCUUGGGUGAAAUGUUUUUGUCGUCUAAAUGCUACAUGCAAAGAGUCUGAUCAUCAAGUAGUUGCUGGUUUUGUUUUGGCGGGUCACAAAUGAAAACCAUGCUAAAGUAAAUGAAUUGGAAAAUUGUUUUCUUAUUUUCACAUUUGGAGGAAAAAAGGUCAUGACAAUAAAUGCUACAGACUGGAAAUGACUUACACUUGUGUCCAAUUCUUAUAACCAGUUUUUGAUUGGUGCAUUUUAAAUCACGCCUCUUUUCCCCUAACUUGUCUGUGAUUGGUCUAUUACCACGUCUGUCAGGCAAAACUCAGCUCUGUUAGGACUGUGCCCUUCAGUUGUGUAGUUUCUGCACAGCACGUGGUUCUACUUGGCCUUGGCUUUCAGUGGACUGCACUUGAGUGAAUUUCAUCUUUUUCAAAGUCUCUUCAACGGUUGAAAGGUCUUUCUUCUUUGUGUGUACUGGACUUCAUCAGCAGAACCAGCGGAUAAUUCUAGUGGAUUGAAUUUCCAGGCACGUCACAAAGUUACAGAGGAACAGGAAUUGGUUUAAAUUAUUGUGUUCAUUUAAUACAACUGUUUUCUGGUGUAUAUUUUACUGUUUCUGUGUGAGUUUUUGUAUUUCUAUAGGUUAGGUGAAGAUGCCUCGCCUGAAGAAGCACAACCGUUCCAUCGCGGCCAAGAAGAGGAUGGAGGAACGCCUGGCAGCAGUGGUGGCAUCUGCACCUCUGGUCCCCACCACUUGCUUCCCACCACCAACACGUGGUCCCUUAUGUCGUGGUACUGGUCGUCGACACCGUGUGAGCACCUGGCCAGUUUCACCCCUGACUGGCAGGAGUCACAAGAUGAUCAUCCCACCCGAGUCACCUGACAAGAAGUUUGUUCUUUUUGUCGGUGAUUCCCACCUGCGCACCAUUGUUGAUGGCCAUGUGAAGAUUUCGCACAAGCUGCUUUCUUUUGGUCUCAUGUCAACGCCAGGGGCUGACGCCAAGGACCUGAGGACUGAGAUGGUGAGUGCAAUCAUUCCCAGGACACCUGACCUUGUUUGUGUUCUUGCACCCAGCAACAACUUGACCAGGGGGACAUUGGAUCAGGCUGCAGUGGACUUUGAGGAGCUUCUCACCAGUGCCUUGUCUCGGUGGCCGAAGCUGUUUGUCCUGGACUUCCCUCCACGCCGAAACGUGGAUCAGGACCUGCAGGAACUUUUUCGCCAAGAGUUUCACCGUGUGGCUGCACGCAAGGGUGUGAGGUACUACUCUAUCGCAGAGUUCUUUCCUCUCAGCCAGCGUGACCUGUGGAGUUGGGAUGGGGUUCACCUGAGCGAUGGAUCUGGGAUGAGGACACUGGUGACAUUGCUAUGCGACAAAUCCAGUCAGGAGCUAGAGAUGGCUGUUGCACAGGAGGAGUCGCGUAGCAUGUUGCCAGCUGUUCCCGCUCCUGCUCCUCGUCCGGCUCCGAGGUUGGUUGUGGUUGGAGAGGCUCGCUCUCCACGUCCGUUGCACAACCCAUUGGAUUGGAAGGUGGUUGAACCACGCAGGACGGGGAGCAGCUCGCCCCCUAAGGGAGUGAAGGUUCAGCUCAGGGAUUGUUCCAUCCCUCUCACUCCUGUCUGGUUCAGCCCACCAAUGUUGGAGAUGAUGGACAGUGUCCGUCCGGGCAAUCUUGAUCGGAAGGAGCCCAGUACUUCUGCCAAGGGACCAACGGGGGUCAAGCGUCCUAGGAGCCCUUUUGCUCCAAAGAAGAGCUGUGGGAAACAGAAGGUGAAGGUGGAGGAGUGGCCUGAACUUCCCAAGGCUGUGUCAGUGGAGGUGGGGUAUUGGCCUGGAGUGCCCAAGGCUGUGGUGGAGGUCCCUGUGGAGCGUCCCCGCAGACGCAUUGUCUUCAAGAAGAGGCGUACUUCUCAGCAGCAGGGUGCAGCUGCAGAUGUUGUGGAGGUGAUGAGUGGACCAUCACCUGUGACCAUUGAAGACUGUCCCCCUCUGCACAGCUCCCCAGACCUCAUCCAAAGUAAGGUCGCUGCGAAUGUUUAUACUUUGCCGGUAACGUUUGAUGCUGGGUCUGUUAGUUCAUGUGAAGAGGAGAUCAUAGUGGUCUCUGAUACAGACAGUGAGGGUUCCAUUUCUUUUGGGUGGACUGAUACUUUGCCAUUACCGGAAGGUUCAGGGUCUGUUGGGGCAGGUGUAGAUGAGGUCACAGUGAUCUCUGAUACAGACAGUGAGGGUUCCAUUUCUUUUGGGUGCUUUGAUACUGUGCCUCGAAGUUUUGGGGUGCGUUCUGUGAGGGGAUCCUUUCAUCAGGGGGAUCAGCGUUUUAAAUAUAGAGGUGUACAGUGUAUGGCAGUAAGUUUGGCUGCCAUGGCAAUGCAUAAGACCAAGAGUGUGUUUUCUUGGCAAACGAGACAUCUGGACGAUGCUGUAGUUUGUGGUGACAAGAUCUACACAUCUUUGCGUGACAAUAACUUGAUUUGUGGUGGGCACACUAUGCCGUGUAUUCCAGAGUUACCAAAGCAGUUAGAUAGACGUGGCCAUAUGUAUGAGUUUGAGUAUGGUGACUUUGUGACUGGGGAUGUCAAUGUUGUUGAGGGAGAGUUUAUUGAUGCAGGUGUGUGCACAACUCUCAAGGACGGUUUGGAAAAGAUGUGUAUGGAAUAUGACACAUGCUUUUUCACAUUGUUAUCUCGUACUUGUGGGAUUAUUAGGGAAGGGGAACGGUUUGCUGUUGUUGACUCUCAUGCACGCAGUGCAGAUGGGAUGGUGCAUCCCAAAGGAAAGAGUGUUGUUGUGUAUUUUAGUAGUCUUGAACACUUGAUUCAGCAUGUUAGCUGUUUCGCUGCAGGAUUCAGAGGGACACAGAAGUUGUUUGAGAUUGCUGGUGUUUGUGUCACUGUGAAAGUAGAUGGUGGUGCUAGCCAGUUAUCUUCAGGGAAGAUUGGUGCAAAGCGCAAGGCUACUACAAUGCCUACUCGUACUUCAAAGAGGGUUAAAAGGAGUGACCCAAUUGAUUCAGAUGUAGCAUUUGUUAGUGAGGUUACAGUUAAGGAGUUGGUGUUUAACCCUGUUCGUAAUGAUGUAGCUCGAACUUUAUGUGACAAAUUACAUGUUGAGUCAGAGGAAGUCGACGAUGUGUUUUCAAUAGUUGGUGUGUUGGGGGCUCCGUGCAAAAAGGACACAAUAUUUGGUGAUGGCAACUGUUUUUUUAGAUCAGUCAGUCAAGCUGUGUGUGGUUCACAAAAGAAUCACAGGAAAAUUAGAUUAGCUGUAGUUAAACAAUUAGAAGAUAAUGCUGUAGCCUAUGAGAGCAUUUUGAGAAGUGAGUUCUCGUCAGUGUCAGAUUAUGUCAUUAAGUCAAGGAUGCGUUAUGUCGGCAGUUGGGCGACAGAGGUUGAGAUUCAAGCAGCAGCAGAUUGUUUAGGAGUUUCCAUUUUCACUUACAUUGGUGAUCGCUGGCUUGAAUAUAGUUGUAAGAAUAGGCAGUUUUCCAGUCAGGCAGUGUACUUAGAUAAUGUAAAUGGUAACCACUAUGAGACUGUUGUUUGUGUUCAUCAGCCACAGUCACAGUUUUGUUAUGGUUACUGCAAAGUAGGUGAGGGUACAAAAGGCUACAAUCUUAGACAUCAUAGUAAAGUAGAGGCACAGGCAACAGCUAGAAUGUGUACUUCUAAUGUAAACUAUAAUUUUUCUAAUUAUUUGAAAAGGAAAAAGUGGUUCAAAAAUAAAAUUCAAUGUAGAGACAAUGUGUUAGAGAAGUUGAAACAUCAGAAACGUUCUAAAGUAAAAUACAUGCAAGAUGUCAGCUAUAGAGAUAAGAAGAAAGGGUCAAAUAAAGUAAAGUAUACACAAGAUGUUAGCUAUAGAGAGAAAAAGAAAGGUUCAGAUAAAGUAAAGUAUACACAAGAUAUUAGCUAUAGAGAGAAAAAGAAACAGAUGAGCAAAAAUAAGUACUGUUUAAAUGUCAGCUACAGACAGAAGAAAAAAAGUAGUAGUGUAAGGAAGUACCAAAGUAAUCCACAGUUUCAGGAGACUGUUACAGCAGGGAGCAAAGUGAAAAGGCAGCUAUUGAAAGACCAGGCAGUAGAUUUUGAUUAUGUGAUGGAGCAGUUUCUGUCUAAAGUUACAGAUGGACCACAUUUUGUGUGUUCUGUUUGUCAAAGGUUGUUGUUUAAAAAGCAGGUUUUGAAUUGUAAAAUAAGUAAUUAUAACAAGAGUGCAGACAUGGCGUUAAUUGCGGAGAAAUGUAUUUCUGAGGAGUAUUUACAUAAAUGUAAUGAGAACUGUGCAACUUCAUGUCAGUUGUUGGAUUCCCCUAGAGGACACUUGUGGAUUUGUUAUAAUUGUAAUUCUAAGAUAAAUAGAAAAGAGUGUCCUCCUGAGUGUGUAGUCAAUAAUUUAGGUGUCCAUGCUGUGCCUCCUGAAUUGGCUUGUUUAAAUAGUUUAGAGCAACAUUUGAUUGCAUUGCAUAUCCCAUUUAUGAAGGUUUUGGCAUUGCCUAAAGGAGGACAAAAUGGUGUUCAUGGACCGGUGACGUGUGUUCCAGCAAAUAUAGUAGAGACAAAUAAUUUGCUUCCUCGUUCCAAUAUGGAGGGGUCUUUGUUGCGUGUCAAACUGAAGCGAAAGCUAACAUACAAAGGACAUUAUGAGUAUCAGUUUGUUGACCCAAUGCGCAUAAGGCAGGCUUUGUUGUAUUUAAAACAGAAUAACAUGUAUUAUAAAGAUGUAGAUUUUAAUGAAGACUGGUUGAAUGAGUUUUGUCGGGAACAAGAGCUUGAUAGUUUAGUACAGGAAAGUGAUGGUAAUUUAGAAAAGAAUGAAACACCUACUGAGGUGGAUGAAUGUGAGGAUGAGCUGUUGCAUGACAGGCAGCAACACUGUAUGUUUCAGGACACUUGUCUUAUGCCUGUAGAUAUUGGUCAGGAAGCGCUAGAUCAGUAUUUUGAGGGUGUUUUGAAUGUGGCUCCAGCAGAAGGUAACAACCCUGUGAAGUUACUUUCUAAUCGUGAAAAUGAAGCAAAGUGUUUUCCAGUGUUGUUUCCACAUGGACAUUCUGUGUUUCAUGACAACAGAGAGCAACGUUUGACAUUGUCGCGUUAUUUUAAUAAUCGGAUUCUCCAUGCUGAUGGCAGGUUUGCUCAGAAUGUGGAGUAUAUAUUUUUCGCACAGUACAUGUCAGAAUUGGAGCAGGUUGUGUCAAAUGUGUCCAUAGCUUUGAGGAAAGGCAAAGGAAGUCAUGUUCCUAAAAGAGUUAGAGAUGUGGUGAAUAAUGAGGAGUCUUUAAGGAAGUUGUUAGAGUUUGAUGAUGGUUAUCGUUUCCUUAAGCCUAUUAGAGGCACUCCUUCAUUUUGGCAGGCAGCGCAGCGUGAUUUACUUGCUUGUGUGCGUCAGCUUGGUGUACCCACUUGGUUUUGUUCAUUUUCUGCAGCAGACAUGCGCUGGACAAACUUACUCGGUAGUAUUUUGAAACAGGAAGGGAGAGAACAGACAGCUGAGGAGUUAGAGUGGGCAGACAAAUGCGAGUUGUUGCGUCGUAAUCCUGUAACUGCAGCGAGAAUGUUUGAUUUUCGGUGGCAUUGUUUUUUGAAGGAAGUCCUUAUGUCUCCCUCAAACCCAAUAGGUAAAAUCAAGGACUAUUUUUAUCGUGUUGAAUUUCAGCAGCGCGGGUCUCCACAUGUUCAUUGCCUGUUUUGGAUCGAGAAUGCUCCCUUAAUUGACCAAAACUCAGAUGAAGAGGUAGUUGAAUUUAUUGACAAAUAUGUUACAUGUGAACUACCCUCUGAUGAUGAUACAUUAUUGGACAUUGUGUCAUCUGUGCAGGUGCAUUCAAAGCGCCACUCAAAAACAUGUAAAAAGAAAAACACAGUUUGUCGUUUCAAUUUUCCAAGACCAGCAUCUGCACAAACAUUUAUUAGUCGUCUUAAAGUUGAUGAGGAGAUAGAAAAAUGUAAUUGUAAAAAAACUGAUUCAACAGAGACUGUGUGUUUCAAUUGUAAAGAGAGUGAUUUUAAAGAAAGAAAGGCGCGUAAAGUAAGGGCUCAUGACAUUUUGGAAGCAAUUAAGAAAGCACUCUCUGAUGAAAAUCAGAGCUUUGAUACGGUGGAACAGUUGUUUGAAAGUUUAAAUGUAACUCAGGAAGCAUUUGAAGAUGCAUUCAAUCGAACGACUACAGGUACAAAAGUAGUGUUAAAGAGGCAGGUGAAAGAGGCGUGGGUUAACCAAUAUAGUAAGCAACUUUUGAAGUGUUGGAAUGCAAACUUGGACAUCCAGUAUGUGGUGGAUGCCUAUGCAUGUGUUGUGUAUAUCAUUUCAUACAUUUCAAAGGCAGAAAAGGAAAUGGGGUUGUUAUUAUCAAAUUCCCAAAGGGAAGCAGCUAAAGAUGGUAAUGUUAGUGCUAAAGAGGCAUUGAAAAAACUAGGUGGUGUAUUUUUGCAUAACAGGGAUGUGUGUGCUCAGGAAGCAGUUUAUAGGUUAACUAACAUGCAUCUGAAGGAGUGUUCUAGGAAGGUCAUGUUUGUACCAACAGGGGAGAAUGUAGUAAAGAUGAGUUUGCCUUUAAAUGUGUUAAAACAAAGGGCAGCUACAAAUGAUAUUAACACAGAAGAGAUGUGGAUGACUAGUUUGGUUGACAGAUAUAAGAACAGGCCCAAUGACAGUACGUUUAAUGACAUGUGUAUUGUAACAUUUGCUUCUGAGUAUCGUGUCAUAAGUAAAAAUGAAAACUGCAAAAGUAAAAUUGCUUUGAGCAACAAUUGUGGUUUUGUUACAAAGAGAGUCAGAACACAACCUGCUGUAGUGCGUUAUGCUCGGUUCUCUGAAACAAAAAAUCCAGAAUUGUUUCAUUUGAGUAGAUUACAGUUGUUCAUGCCAUAUCGUGCUGAUGAUCAGUUAAAACCAGAGGGUUUUGAAACGUUCCAACAGUUUUAUGACAAUGGUAAUGUUUUGUUUUGUGAUGGAUCUGUACAUACAGUAAAGUCAGUAGUUGAUUUGAAUAGGAGCAGGUUUGAAGUAGACGCAGACAUGUUGGAAAACAUUCAGAAUAGGAUUAAUGCAGAUGGUGUGGCGGAAGAUGCGUGGUGUCAGUUGUGUCCAGAGCAGGAGUUGGAACGUUUAGAGGCUGUGGAGGAAAUGGCAGAGAGACAGGAAGCAGUGGCAGAACACCAGGAUCAUAUUCCAGAUUUAGCUGUUGAUCGUGAGCAGGUACAACAUUUGGAGAAAAGGAAUAAUGUAAUGUGUAGGAGUGAUGGUUUGUUGUUGGUUAGAUCUUUAAAUGAUACACAGAUGCAUGUUUUUUAUCAGAUUCGGCAGUGGUGUUUAAACAAGGUCUCAGGGAAAAAUCCACCUCCUCUACAUGUUUUUAUUACAGGUGGUGCUGGAACUGGUAAAAGUCAUUUAAUUAAAGCCAUUCAGUACGAGUCCAUUCGGUUGUUAUCACCCUUGUGCAGUAAUCCUGACAAUGUCAGUGUUUUAAUAACAGCACCAACUGGCAUUGCUGCAUACAAUCUGAAUGCAGCAACAAUUCACCACACAUUCAGUAUUGGAGUAGAUGUACGCUUACCGUACACUCCACUGGGUGAGGAAAAAAAUAAUUCUCUUCGGGCAAAAUUCAGUGAUCUGCACAUUUUGAUAAUAGAUGAAAUUUCAAUGGUAAAUCCCAAUCUUUUGGCAUAUGUUCAUGGUAGAUUACGUCAAAUGAAACAAAGUGGCAACAAGCCAUUUGGAAACAUUUGUGUUAUUGCUGUUGGAGAUUUUUACCAGUUACCUCCAGUAAGAGGAAAACCCCUGUAUGUUGAGGACUUGAAUAUUGACUUGUGGUCUUUGUUUUCAGUUGUGCAGUUAACAGAAGUAGUCAGACAGAAAGACAGUGUGUUUUCAAGGUUGCUGAACAGGGUUAGGAUUCAUAGAAAAGGGACACCAAUGUUAAAAAGUGAUGUUGAGAUGUUGAAAUGUUGUGAAACUGGUGAAGUCAGCUCAGCUUUACACAUAUAUGCGACAAAUCAACAAGUAAAUGAGCACAAUAUUCAGAGGUUGUAUGCUGUGUGUCCUGACUAUGUCACUAUUGAAGCUCAGGAUUUUCAAAACGAUAGGAGAACAGGAAAACUAAAGUUAAUUGAUGGCCAUCAUGCUAAAGCUAAAAAUACAUAUUUGUCUGAGCGAUUGUUGUUAGGUGAGGGUGCACGUGUGAUGUUGUGUCAAAAUGUUGAUGUGAGUGAUGGCCUGGUGAAUGGAGCAUGUGGUGUUGUAACACGGAUAAUACAAUCAGAGGGUGUUAAGUUUCCAAAAAUGGUUUAUGUGAAAUUUGAUGAUGAGAAUGUAGGUGCAGAGAGGAGGAGACAGUCACCAAGUGUUGUAGCUGAUUUAGUGGGUUCUACAGCUAUUGCUCCAGAGGAGGAGAGAGCUUGUAGAAAAGGUGGCCUGAGACGUCAAUAUCCACUUAAAUUAGCAUGGGCGUGUACAAUCCACAAAGUUCAGGGCAUCACAGUAGAUGACGUUGUCGUGUGUUUUGAGAAGAUAUUUGCAGCUGGACAGGCAUAUGUUGCUUUAAGUCGAGUCAGGAGUUUGUCAGGCUUGAUCAUUGAACAGUUUGACGAGAAGAAGAUUUAUUGUAGGGGUGACAUUAAUGAUGCUAUUCAGACAAUGUCUCCAUUCUUAAUUGAUAGUUUGACAAAGCAGCGAUUGAGUGCAUGCAGGUUUAGUGCUUAUUUGCUGAAUGUGCAGGGUUUGACUCGACAUGUGCCAGAUUUGGUGCUGUGUACACAGCAGUUACAGCUUAACUGUAUUGCUGUAACUGAAACUUGGUUAGCUGCAUCAUCUUCUAUUGAUUCAGUAAACAUUGAGGGUUAUAGUUUUCAUGGUUGUUCACGCAGUUCAUGCUACAGUAGUGAUGACCCCAGAUUGGUUGCAUUAAAAGAUCAACAACAUGGUGGUGUAGGUGUUUAUAUUACACCAAACACAGGAUGUGAGAUAAUAGAAGUCCCUUCGUUUAAUUUGGAGUGCAUAGUGUCUAAAUUUGCUACACACCAGCUAGUUAUUGCAGUUAUAUAUCGUCCACCAUGUUAUCCCAUGACCUUAUUUAAAGAACAUUUAGGCACAUUUCUUGAUUGGCUAGAUUCACCAAAUGAAACCAUUGCAGUCAUGGGUGAUUUUAAUGAUGAUAUUUUGAAAUCAUCAUCAACAUGUACACUUUUAACAGAAAAAGGUUUUGUUCAAAUUGUAACUGAAGCAACAACAGAGAAGGGUACUUUAAUUGAUCACAUUUACAUUAAGCAAGCAGAUAAUGGGGCAGAAUCACUAGUGCUGCCUACAUACUUUAGUGAUCAUGAGGCAGUCCUGUGUUUAUUUAAGUGAUGGCAGUUUAUGUCACCACAUUGUGGAUGCUUGAUCCAACCUGACAACUGUAAUAAUCAAUGUUUGAGUAGUUUUUUUAGUAUGUGAUGGUUAAUUUGUUCCUUGACAUCUGUUACUAAAUAGUGAAUUUAAAUGUGUGAAAUGUGUCAUUGCUCCAUAUGAAUUUGCUAUUGUAUUUGUAGUAUUAUCAAAUGUUCUAUUACUCCAUAUAAUAAUUAAUAAUUAAUUAAUUAUGUAAUUGCUGUUGUAUUUGUUAUAUGUAAUGUGUUAUUGCUCUAUAUGAAUUUGCUGUUGUAUUUGUUGUAUGUAAUGUGUUAUUGCUCUAUAUGAAUUUGCUGUUGUAUUUGUUGUAUGUGAUGUGAUGAUGUUGUGCUGUAUUAAUAUUGUCAUUAUGUUAAAUUACCGAUUUGUCCUUGCUGUGCAGAUACCCAUGUGUCUUGGGCUGCAGGUUCCAUAUCAAGUUGUGAUUGUUAUGAAUUUAUUUGAAUUUGCAUUUAUAUGAUAUUAUAAGGAAAUAGCAAAAAAUAAAUAUAUGUAUUACCAACAUUAACAACUGUUAAUAAAAGUUUGUCAUAUUGUAA